AUGGAAAGCUCUACAGAUAAUUUGGUAGACUUUUAUUUCAUACAAAUACAACUCGAUAAACUUCGUCGACCACUUCUUAUUUUUAGCAAAUCACUUCUUUUAAUUAUUUUUAUGGCAGUUACUAUAUAUAUAGCUUAUAUAACUACUAUUACAGUCAGCUAUUCUUAUAAACCACAACAAAAACAUAAUGGACCACGUGGAGUUAUUGUAACAUUACUUCGUAGUACGAAUCGAUCUAUUCUUUUGACUAUUAAUAUGAUUCAU